UAGGCGUUCACGUGAGCGGACUGUUUUAUCUAGAGCACAGAACUUAGGCCUAAAGCCACCAAGCGGUAUUUAAAACCACGCCGUUUUGAAGUUAGCUUGUUAUUCCUAUAUUUUGUGUUGCCGAAUUGCUCUACCGUAUUUAAGGUCGUCUUUUCUACAUUAUGAAAGAAUUCGACCACUAUCAUCACCAUUGAAAGAUUUUUCUUUCACACAGUUUACAUGUAUAGCAAACGCACCGAUCGGUUUUUUUCUCCCUCUUUUAGGAUCAGGCUGGAGAAACAGCUAAUGAAACCUAUCUUAUUAGUGGACUUAAAACAAAGUACUUACUUUCCGUGUUGGCAACAAAAAGAAACAAAUUUUGCUCAAGAUCUUUCUCCUUUAGAAUGAUAAAUGGAACAUAAGAGUUACCGCGAAAUCAAACAACGAGAUGGAGCCACAUGUUCAUCUUCACGAUGACGAGUUUAUUAGAACCGAUUUUGUUGCUCAAAUCACUGCAUGACCAGUAUUUUACAGUUCAAAAAUAACCCGAAACUGGUCAAAACUCCCCAAAAAUUGCCAGCUACCUAUCUUGCUACAAAGCUAUUUUGUGUCAGGUGUUUGGAUAUCCUAGCUGUAAAGCACUAAUGUUACACAAGGAGAUCUACAGUCCCGGCUUCAAUCUUGAAGUUUUGUUGGCGGAGGCCCUCAAUCCUAAGUCGUUGAAGACUGGUCAGAUCCAGCCAGGAAAUGGCUCGGAAAACGCCACUACCCACAUGGAGAACAAUACAGCGUAUGUUACUGGACUAGAGGGAAAGCAAUCAGUCAACAUCAUCACCCACCGCCAACACUUGGACUAUUUUUUUACCUACAAAAAGUUGGAGUGGCCGUCACAUUAUAACGCACUCACGGCUGAAAGGACGAGUAUGUUCGAUGACAGCAUUCGAGCCCGCGUCUCACAGGAGGGCUACAGUCCCCGUGCUGGAUGAACGCUGACUUAGACUUAUCGGUGCUGGAAGACCUAGAGAUCCCUAUGUUACUUUCCACCCCUGACCCCACCACGGUCUACCCUGGAGCAUCCGACAUGAACAUACAGCCGACUCAAGACUUUUCGUGUAUCAAACCCACAAUAGAUGAGUUUGGUUUACUGGAAGAAACCCCUCCCGACUCUCUGGAUGGUCAAGUUUCGGAGAUUUAUCAAAAGAAGCUAUUCACACAAGAACCAUAUCAUUUGGAUACCUAUGGAAACUUCAUAACUCUUCCAUCUUCAGCAUCUUCUUCUCCAUGGAAUUCUUCAUCGUUGUGUUCUUCUGGUACAUCAUCUCCAUCGCCUUCUGAUAUACAACCAAAUAUUCUUUCAAUUUCCCAGUUCAGCUAUAAUCACGGGCCUAAGCCUAACGCUAACGAAAUAUUAAAAGCUAUUCUUCCUCAAGAAACAUACAAUUACGAAGAAUAUAACCUGAAUGUGAGUGACAGCAGUCAACUACUAGGAUGCAUCCAGAAUCCGUCCAUAAAUACAGGAUCAUUCUUCGGAUGCCCCGGAAUCAAUGUUUCUGGAGGAAAUAUAUAUCCGGGGACCAAUACUUCAUCUUCUGUUGUCAACUUCAACCCGCCCUCUAUUACUCAACGAAGGCGCGCCAAAAAUAAACACAAGCAGCGUGAAGAGAUAAAUAAAACUACUCUCAAUGACAGCGUCAAUAAAUACCGAAAAAAGCUGCAGAACAAGGAAGCUGCAGUUCGUUAUCGAAUCAAAAAACGAGAAGAAGCACAGUGGAUGCAAGACGAAGAAAAUGUGUUAAUAAGGAAGAACAUUGUGCUUAAGGACAAGGUACAGAAACUAGAGAACGAGAUAUCUUAUUUAAAGAGUCUUACAAAGGAAAUCGUGAGAGUAAAGGGUGUGCUUCUCGAACCUCGAGACCAUCCUUCAUGCUCUUAAGCAUCUCGAACGUAACUUGAAUAAACUUCCACAGCUUUUAAAGUGACUUGUUUGCCGAUUCAUCAUAGAAGUCAUGUGUUCGUUAGCACUGUAAUGUGCUCCUAAAAGAUAAAUAAUAUAAAAAAGGCACUGCACGUGUACUGAUUAUUCCAUUUAAAAGUGUGCCUUGCUUAGAUUGUAUUGGUCGUUUUGACUACAUUGAUAUGAAAAUAUAAAUGUUAGAACAUUUACAUCCUUAAAAAUGUCAAUUAGCUCUCACUUUGGAUCCCUAGAAACUUUAAACAAAGCCUGCAUUCGUAGCCACGAAAAAUUAUGCAUAUUGGCUAAAUACUUUGUUCCUCCUUGCUAAAUCUUCGUGUGUUUUUUGUUGUUGUUUUUAUUAUUAAUCUUGGACAUCAAAAUAUCAGUUGAGAAAAACAGUUGUGGAACAAGAAGUUAUUGUUUCGUGUGUAGUGAAUAAAACCUGUCAGAGUUAUGAAACAAGGAAAAGUUAUUGUCAUGUAUAGUGUAUGAAACCUGUGUUACAGUUGUGGAACAAGGAAAAGUUAUUGUGUCAUGUGUAGUGUAUUAAACCUAUGUUACAGUUGUGUAACAAGGAAACGUUACUCUGUCAUGUGUAGUGUAGGUAAUUUGUGUUACAGUUGUGGAACAGGGAAAAGUUAGUGUCUUGUGUAGUGUAUGCAAUUUGUGUCACAGUUGUGGAACAAGGAAAUGUUAUUGUGGCAUGUGUAGUGUAUACAAUUUGUGUUACAGUUGUGGAACAAGGAAAUGUUAUUGUGUCAUGUGUAGUGUAUUAAACCUGUGUUACAGUUGUGGAACAAGGAAACGUUACUGUGUCAUGUGUAGUGUAGGCAAUUUGUGUUACAGUUAUGGAACAAGGAAAUGUUAUUGUGUCAUGUGUAGUGUAUUAAACCUGUGUUGCAGUUGUGGAACAAAGAAAAGUUAUUGUGUCAUGUGUAGUGUAUGAAACCUGUGUUAAAGUUGUGGAACAGGGAAACGUUAGUGUCAUGUGUAGUGUAUGCAAUUUGUGUCACAGUUGUGGAACAGGGAAAAGUUACUGUGUCAUGUGUAGUGUAUGCAAUUUGUGUCACAGUUGUGGAACAAGGAAAAGUUAUUGUGUAUGAAGCCUGUGUUACAGUUGUGGAAUAAGGAAAUAUUAUUGUCAUGUGUAGUGUAUGAAGCCUGUGUUACAGUUGUGGAACAAGGAAACGUUACUGUGCCAUGUGUAGUGUAUAAAGCCUGUGUCAUUGAUGUGUUGUCGUAUAAACUACUAAACAGGUCUUAUUCCAAGCAUUACAGUUUUUCCAGAUAACGGUACUAUUAUAUAUAUAUUUUUUCAGAUAACAGUAUUAUUAUAUAUGUAUUAAAUAUUUUUCUA